AUGAAUGCAGUGUUCAUAGUAGAUAUUUUGUAUAUGGAGUCAGGUUCUUCUUUUCAUGCGUUUAGGAUGAAAACAAUUCUAUACUUUUUUCUUAGAGUACCACUUGUUGUUUUGCCAUCAGUGUUUUACUGGAAUGCGCACAAUCGUAUUAUUGUUACUCCACCUGGUCAGUCACCAGAUAUUGUCGAUGUGCAUCUAAAAAUUUGGUCUGAUGAAGAAAUCGUAUUUCAGCAAAUUCUUUCUGCCAAGCUAGCAGGAAGUGCUAUUCAAGUAAAUUUUCACAUAGCAGAACAAAUUUUGAAACCGUGGUUUAAUGUAUCAGUUGCACUAUCAAAUGAUGAUAAAUUUGAGGCGACUGUUCCUGGAUGCCCAGAUGUCGCAAAAAUUCACUUGCAAACUGACAAGGGUGUCUAUCGAGCUGGUGACACCGUUCAAGUUCGAGCUCUCUCACUAACGAAUGAUGGAAAUUUGUAUCGUGGGCCUAUCGAAUUCAAACUUAUUAAUCCUAAAGGAUUUGAAUUAUUUCGGAGAACGAAUCAAACUGAGAAAAAUUUUAUUGCUCUAAAUUUCCAUCUUCCGGAUUCUUUAUCCUAUGGUCAUUGGAAAAUCGUUGCAAAGGCUAUUGGCAGUGAUUACGCUUAUUCUAAUUCACUGAUAAUUGAAGUUGCCGAUUAUGGUUAG